AUGGUCUACAUGUUCCAAUCUGACUCUACUCGUGGAAAGUUCAAAGGCACAGUCAAGGCUGAGAACGGGAAGCUUGUCAUCAAUGGAAAGUCCAUCUCCAUCUUCCAGGAGCGAGAUCCCACCAUCAAAUGGGGCAAGGCUGGUGUUGAGUAUGUCGUGGAGUCCACGGGUGUCUUCACUACCAUGGAGAAGGCUGGGGCUCACUUUAAGGGUGGAGCCAAGAGGGUCAUCAUCUCUGCCCCUUCUGCCGAUGCCCCCAUGUUUGUGAUGGGUGUGAACCACGACAAGUAUGACAACUCCAUGAAGAUUGUCAGCAAUGCCUCCUGCACCACCAACUGCUUGGCCCCCCUGGCCAAGGUCAUCCAUGACAACUUUGGCAUCGUGGAGGGACUCAUGACCACAGUCCAUGCCGUCACUGCCACCCAGAAGACUGUGCACAGCCCCUCUGGGAAGCUGUGGCGUGACGGCCGAGGGGCUGCCCAGAGCAUCAUCUCUGCUUCUCCUGGCGCUGCCAAGGCUGUGGGCAAGGUCAACCCCAAGCUGAAUGGGAAGCUCAUUGGCAUGGCCUUCCGUGUCCCCACCCCCAACAUGUCAGUUGUGGAUCUGACCUGCUGCCUAGAGAAAGCUGCCAAAUACGAUGACAUCAAGAAGGUAGUGAAGCAGGCAUCAGAGGGCCCCCUCAAAGGCAUCCUGGGCUACACUGAGGACCAGGUUGUCUCCUGCGACUUUAACAGUGACACCAACUCCUCCACCUUCGAUGCCGGGGCUGGCAUUGCCCUCAAUGACCACUUUGUCAAGCUCAUUUCCUGAUAUGACAAUGAAUUUGGCUACAGCAACAGGGUGGUCGACCUUGUGGUCCACAUGGCCUCCAAGGAGGAAGA